AUGUUAAUCGCGCUUCUUCUACUUGUUGCACUCUAUUAUUCUUCACGAUUGUUUAUUUGGUAUCAGAAUUGGAAACAGAGACAAAUUCAAUUAAAAGAAAUUAUCAGAAAAAAGAGAGAAGCUCGAAAGGAAAGUAUUGAAUUUGCACGAAAAUCCGCAGCAAAAAUUGAUGAACAAAAACGGGAAUUUAUUGGCGGACUUGAUUUUAUACAGCUCAGGGCUGGACUUCAAAACGGAUCGAUUUCUUGUAUCGAAGCUCUCCGAACCUAUUAUUAUAAGGCAAUAAAGGCACAUGAGAAAACGAAUGCAUUAUGCAUGUUCGUCACGGAUGCUGAAAAAUGGGCGAUCGAAUGGGAUGAGAAAGCAAAAAAUCCGGCUUUUGUAAAACCGCCAUUUUUUGGAAUUCCGUUCUCAUUAAAAGAGAAUUGCCCGCUGAAAGGAUACGACCAAACUCGGGGAUUUGUUCAAGAUUGUUUUCAUCCAACGAAAAAAGACGGCGUUAUGGUGAACAUUAUCAAAAUGAAUGGCGGCGUACCAUUUUGUCAGACCAAUAUUCCACAAUCACUGCUUUCUUUCAAUUGUUGUAAUCCGGUGUAUGGAACAACCAAUUUCGUGAUGGACAAAGAACGGACUUGUGGAGGAUCAUCGGGAGGAGAAGCCGCGUUGAUUAGUGCUGAUGGAUCACUCAUCGGAAUUGGCGGAGACGUCGGAGGCUCGAUUCGAAUUCCGUGCGCGUUUUGUGGAAUCGUAGGAUUCAAACCAUCGCACUUGCGAUAUUCUCACAGAGGAGUUUGUGGAUCAGUUCCAGGGAGACCUUUGAUCAAUUCAAAUGAGGGUCCGAUGUGUAAAGACGUAACAACUGUCGUCGAAUAUCAUAAAACUAUUUGGGGAACCACUACAAUAUCAAAAAUUGAUCCGUAUGUGCCGCCCGUUUUAUGGAAUGAGCAAGAGUUCACAAGCACAAGACCGCUCAGAAUCGGCUAUUAUAUUGACGAUGGCUGGUUUACGCCGACUCCGGCCUGUCAGAGAGCGGUUCUCGAAGCGAAACAAAUUCUCGAAAGGAAUGGGCAUAAGUUGGUCCCAUUCACACCGCCUGAUGUGGCCAAUGUGAUUUGUCACCUUCUACGAGCAAUCUGUGUGGAUUCGGGACGAUAUUUGCGUAACAAACUUUUGAAUGAUGUUGCGGAUCCUCACUGUUAUUUCUCAAUGGCUUUGUGGUUUAUUCCGGUUUGGGUUCAGCGAAGUGUCGCAUUCGUCAUUCAAUGGUUUUAUCCAAGAAUUUCCCAAGUUCUCACAUCAAUGACUUUGAGCACACCAGAGCUCCGAGAAUCGUAUGCUUUCAUUGAGCAGUACAGAGAGGAUUUCACAGAAACAUUUGUCGAGCAAAAUCUAGAUGUAAUUUUGUGUCCAGCUACGGUAACUCCCGCAAUGACACACAAUGCUCCUGGAAAACUGGCAGUCGCUGCUCUUUAUACAGCGAUUUUUAAUCUUCUCGAUUACGGGGCAGGAGUUGUUCCAGUGACAAAAGUAACAGAGGAAGAUGACAAGAAUCUGGAUAACUAUCCAGCCACUGAUCCAUGGUAUCGAGAGGCUAAACGGGAUUCGAAGGGAUUAAUUGGCUACCCAAUUGCUGUUCAAGUCGCUGCACCACCCUAUAGCGAAGAGGCAUGCUUCCGUGUUCUCAGCGAAAUCGAGAUCGGAGUCAAAUCCAAUCAAUAA